AUGCCCAUCAUUCUACCCAACGGAAACGCACGAGUCCUUGUUACAGGAGCCAACGGAUAUGUCGCAGCCUGGGUUGUUCGCUCGCUUCUUGAUCAAGGGUACAUCGUUCGGGGCACAGUUCGAUCUCAAAAUAAAGGCGAGCAGCUGAAGAAGGUCUUCGAAUCAGAUGGGGAUAGAUUCGAGUAUGUCAUUGUGGAUGAUUUUACUAAGGAAGGAAUCUUCGACGAAAUAGUAAAAGAUGUCGACGCGAUCGAACAUGUUGCCUCCCCAGUUACCGAAAGUAACACUGAUACCUACGAGGACCCUCAAAUCUACAUAGGACCUGCUGUAAAGGGUACCAUAAGCAUCCUAAAGAGCGCUUUCGAAUAUGGGACAAACGUAAAGCGUGUUGUGGUUACGUCCUCACUAGCAGCUAUUCUUCGCCCCCUGGACUCUCCUACUGCUCUGGAUGAAAGAGAUUGGGGUGACGAAUGGGUUAAGUUGAUCGAAGAACAAGGAAAACAGGCUCCAAGUGUGUAUAAAUACUUUUGCUCGAAAGUGCUUUCUGAGCGAGCUGCUUGGGAGUUUUACAACACCCAUAAAGCGGAAUUACAAUGGGACCUUGUUGUGAUCAAUCCAUCUCAUCCCCCACUACUAGACUUCAAAGCUGUGUCAGAAGUAACGCGCUCUGUAGAGCUAUGGUACGAAUACAUGGCCAAGGAGCAGCCGGAUGAGAUCCUUCGGAGUAGUUAUAACUACAUCGAUGUCCGCGAUCUCGCCAACGCUCAUGUUAAAUCUCUGAAAAGAGAAGCGGCUGGAGGAGAGCGAAUCAUCGUGUCAGGAGGACGUUCAACCUGGCAGGAAACACGUAACGUACUCUAUGCCUCCAAGCCUCAGUACUACGCUUCAGGAGGACUUCUCCCUGGAAAGCCCGAUAUACAGCCAGAAAUCAGGGCCAUUUUCAACACCGAAAAAGCACAGAGAAUCCUUGAUAUUCCUUACAAGAGUCUUGAGGAGACCACACUCGACACAUUGGCAGCAUUUGAAACAAGAGGACUGGUAGUUUAG